AUGUCUGGAAAGCCAGUUUGUAUUUCGGAUUUUGAAGAUUAUGCUAAAAAAUUUCUCCCCAAAUCAGUGUAUGAUUAUUACCGAUCUGGAGCGGAUGACCAGGAAACAUUAGCAGAUAAUGUGGCAGCAUUCUCAAGAUGGAAGCUGUACCCCCGGGUGCUCAGGGACGUGUCUGUAAUGGACCUGUCAACUUCAGUCUUAGGGCAGAAAAUCAGCAUGCCUGUCUGCGUUGGAGCAACUGCUAUGCAGCGCAUGGCUCACGCUGAUGGAGAGAUGGCUACUGCUAGAGCCUGCCAGGCCAUGGGGACAGGGAUGAUGCUGAGCUCCUGGGCGACCUCCUCCAUUGAAGAAGUUGCUGAAGCAGCUCCUGACAGCCUUCGCUGGCUGCAGCUUUAUGUGUACAAGGACCGGGAGGUUACCAAAUCCCUAGUGAAGCGUGCGGAGAGAGCAGGUUACAAAGGGAUCUUUGUGACGGUGGACACGCCGUUUCUCGGAAGGCGCAUUGAUGAUGUGCGAAACAAGUUCCAGCUUCCUCCCCACCUCAGAUUAAAAAAUUUUACAAGCAACAGCUUGGCCUUCUCCUCAGGAAAAGACUUUGGAGAAAAUAGUGGACUGGCUGUCUAUGUAGCCGAGGCGAUUGAUUCAAGUGUCAAAUGGGAGGACAUCAAGUGGCUUCGAGGGCUGACCUCACUGCCCAUCGUCACGAAAGGAAUCCUCAGGGCUGAUGACGCUAAAGAAGCCGUAAAGCUUGGGGUAAAUGGUAUUCUGGUGUCAAAUCAUGGAGCACGACAGCUUGAUGGAGUCCCUGCAACUAUUGAUGUCUUGCCUGAAAUUGUUGAGGCUGUGGAGGGGAAGGUGGAGGUGUUCCUAGACGGUGGUGUAAGAAAAGGCACAGACAUUCUCAAAGCAUUAGCCCUGGGUGCCAAAGCUGUAUUCAUCGGAAGGCCUCUCGUCUGGGGCUUGGUUUAUCAAGGUGAAGAAGGAGCAAAAGAAGUUCUCCAGAUGCUGAAGGAAGAGUUUCGCCUGGCAAUGGCCUUGACGGGAUGCUGCAGCAUAGAAGAAAUUAGCAGGACGCUGAUACGAAGACACGACGUAUUGUUUUCCAAGAUUUAGGUCUGAAGGUGACCACCUCGCCUGCUGUACAGAAAGUAUGCCACCAAAUAAAAAGAAA